UAAGAGCUGAAGGAGGCGACAACCUCUAAGCCUAACAAUUAUAAAGUAUUCUGCAUUGGUUUAAGCAGAUGAUUAUGUCCAUUCAUGUUUGGCUUAAACCAAUGCAGUUUGGCAUUAUAACAGUUUAAUGCCCGAAUACCAGUCUCACAUUGUAGUGCAGGAAGUCAGUCAAAGUCUGCUAUUUUUUAAAAAAAAAAAAUAAAUAAAUAUUAAAAUAAUCUAUGUAUAAAAAUUUUAUUCCGUCAUCAAAAUUUUAGAUAGUGUGAAUAGAAAUUACAUUGCUAAUUUUAUAAAUUAAGACUCCUACAUUUCACACGGAAAAAUUACAUAAUUAAUAAGAACAUCAGUACCGGUAAGGCAAUUUGCACGCGUUUUGUAAAUUAUUAAGGAUUUUUAUUAUAUGAUAAGGGAGGAAGAAGAGAAACGUUGGUCCAAAGCUAGAACCUGGCCGAAAGCAAACAAGACACAUGCAAUGCAAGCCAGAAUAGAAUAGAAUGCUGUUGCUUUGCAUCCGACUAUUGCUUUGUCAGGAAAGAAAAUACCAUUUGGCCACUUAAUUUCCAGCCUCUGCCUCUCAGAUACAUUUUUUUUUCUUUUUUCGGUGAACAAUGAUUGACAAGUUAUUUGUCAUGGAAAACUCACUUCCUUUUAAUUUAUUCACUAUAUAUCUACGAGUGAAAACUCCUCAAGAGUCCAGAAGUUAAUCAAAACCUUCUGUAGUGUAUAGUGAUAUGUUUUCAGGAUUUAGUGGUCAAGCAAUGAAGGCCGUUCGAUUAGCCAUAAUGGUGUUGUUAGCGCUGGUCUUUAUUGGGUACAUUAUGAUUUGGGUCAUGAAGGCCACAAAUACCUAUUUUUUAAACUGGCAGCCUCAUAUUCAAGCAAAAGCCGAUUCCAGGUUCUUUGGAGAGCAAGGUUCAUAUACGCUGGUACAUGUGUUCCCCAUUCUCUUUAUUGCUACCUUGGCCUGUGCAUACCUCCAUCUGGGAAAGAAAUCUGUUAAUGGUGGCACCGGCAAAGUUCAUUCUUUGUUUGCCUGGUGCAAACGUCCGGUGCUCGCGAAAGGUCCCCUUGGGAUUGUGACGGGGAUAGAGCUAUCAUUAUUGGGUAUGUUCUUUGCGUUAAUGGUGUGGUCAUUGUAUUCUUACUUGCAAGCCAUGUUCGCGUAUGCUGCUCCUACGGCUGCAUCUUUGGGAUUCCAAGUGUGGGAAGUCAAGUUGGAAAUAUCAGCUUUAUCUCUGGGAUUAGUUGGGAAUGUCUGUCUGGUCUUUCUCUUCUUCCCAAUAGCCAGAGGCUCCUCAGUUUUGCAGAUUCUUGGCCUCACCUCAGAAGCCAGUAUCAAGUACCAUAUAUGGCUAGGCCAUAUUGCCAUGACUAUCUUCACCGCCCACGGCUUAUGCUAUAUUAUUUUUUGGGGCAAAACCCAUCAAUUGUCUCAGAUGCUAAAAUGGGACAAGCACUUUAUUUCGAAUGUGGCCGGCGAAAUAGCUUUGCUUUCUGGAUUGAUCAUGUGGGUCACAAGCUUAAAACGCAUAAGACGAAAGAUUUUCGAGCUCUUCUUCUAUAGUCAUCACCUGUAUAUUCCUUUUGUUGUCUUCUAUGUGUUUCAUGUUUGCUUCUCUCGUGCUUGCAUUAUCCUUCCUGGUUUCUACCUCUUCAUGAUCGAUCGAUACUUGAGGUUAUUACAAUCCCAACAGAGAAUUCGCUUGGUUUCAGCACGAAUUUUGCCCUGUGAAACUGUAGAGCUAAAUUUCUCCAAGAACCCAGGAUUGCACUAUGCUCCAAGAAGCACCGCAUUUGUAAAUGUACCUAGAAUAUCCAAGGUACAAUGGCAUCCCUUUACAAUCACAACCAGCAGCAAUAUGGAUCCUGAAAAGUUGAGCAUAGUCAUCAAAUGUGAAGGCAAUUGGUCUCACAAGUUGUAUCAGAUGCUGUCAUCCCCUGCUCCAAUAGACCGCCUUCAGGUCUCCUUUGAAGGACCCUAUGGUCCUGCUUCAACUCAUUUUAUGAGGCAUGACUUGCUAGUGAUGGUUAGUGGAGGAAGUGGGAUAACCCCUUUUAUCUCCAUCACACGUGAGAUCCUAUUUCUAGCCAAUACAACGAAUGGCAGGACCCCGAGGCUUCUCCUCGUAUGUGCUUUCAAGAAAUCUGUGGAUCUCACCAUGCUAGAGCUUCUACUCCCAGUUACAGGCACCACCUUUGACAUCUCCCAUUUGCAGUUACAAAUUGAAGCCUACGUUACCAGAGAGAAAUUGGCCCAAGCAGAUCCACAGAAGCUCCUCAGAACAAUAUGGUUCAAGCCUGACGUAUCAGAUGUGCCAGUCUCUGCAGUCCUAGGUCCAAAUAGCUGGCUUUGGCUUGGUGCAAUAAUUUCAGCUUCUUUCAUCAUCUUCCUUAUCCUCAUCACCACUCUCACAAGAUACUACAUAUAUCCAAUUGACCAUAAUACUGAUAUGAUAUACUCUUUGCCUGCAAGGGCUGCUUUAAACCUAUUCUUUAUAAGCAUCUCCAUAGUGAUGGCUGCCUCUGCAGCAUUUCUUUGGAACAAGAAACAGAAUGCCAAGGAAAUCAAGCAAAUUCAGAACACAGAUAUGCCAACACCAGGAAUGUCCCCAGGUUUGCAGUCCCGCCAUGCUGACAGAGAGUUGGAAAGCCUUCCUCACCAAUCUCUUCUCCAAGCCACCAGGGUGCACCAAGGUGAAAGGCCGAACUUAAAAAAAAUAUUAUUGGAGUGCAAAGGAGACAGUGUAGGAGUUCUUGUAAGCGGGCCAAGAAAGAUGAGGCAAGAAUUGGCAGCAAUCUGUUCAUCCAGCUUGGUAGAUAACCUACAUUUCGAGUCCAUUAGCUUUAGCUGGUGAGGCAAGAGAGAUGAGGCUACAUUUUCAGAUUCCUAAAAUCUUAUGGUAGUUUCAUAUAUGUAGCGAUAAUAGUUUCAUACAUGU